AUGGAGAAGCACGCACUGCCUUCUCGUCCACUUCCGCACACUACCUUGGCCUCGGUGGUUACAGUGCGAGUGACUGCCAAGCCAAGUCCCACUGUGUGGCGCACUUCCACACUGGUGUGUGAAACACCCGAUUUGCCGAUUGAUUUGGUUGCCACUUCAAGAUCGACAGAAGCUGUGAUAAUAGCCGUAAUUAUUAUGCACGUGUUUUGCUUAAAUGGGCGGCCAUCAAUCAAUAAAGCUUUUACUAUGGAUGAACAGUGCAUAAAAAAAGCCGUUCCUUGGGACUAUGUUGCACAAUUUCCAUUAUCAAUAGAUACAUUUGGAAAAAAUAGUAUGGCUGAAAUGAGCAACUUCGCACACCUGCUGCCCCCGACCUGGACCAAGCAUGUCCAGCUUUGGCUUGAGGACGAUAUUCCGUCCUUUGACGUCGGCGGCUUUGUGGUCGGCGAAACUGAGGAGACGGCACUAUUAAUUGGCAAAUCAGAGGGUGUGCUGGCUGGUGUUCCGUUCUUUACAGAAGUUUUUCGCUCGCUAGGUUGCCAGGUAGAGUGGCUGAUACACGAAGGGGAUGAAGUGAAACCCAACAGCGUUCCGGGUGGUAAAGUGCCAGUAGCUAAAGUAACAGGAAAGUGUCGUCAGCUGCUACUGGGUGAGCGUACGGCUCUUAACAUCCUCACUCGCGCUAGUGGCGUCGCCACACAGGCCCAAAAAUCUGUAAAAGAGGCGCGCGCUCUUGGAUGGAACGGCUACGUGGCUGGCACUCGAAAGACGACACCAGGUUUCCGCCUUGUCGAAAAGUACGCACUUCUAGUUGCCGGAGCCUCGACACACCGCCACGACCUGUCGCACAUGGUGAUGCUUAAGGAUAAUCACGUUUGGGUAGCUGGCAGCAUCACCAAAGCUGUGCAUAAGGCCAGGUUGGCAGCUGGCUUUUCAAUGAAGAUCGAGGUCGAGUGCCGCUGUUUCGAGGAAGCGCAAGAAGCUGCCGAGGCCGGUGCUGACAUUGUCAUGCUUGAUAACUUCGAGCCCGAGCAUCUUAAAGCCACCGCUGCCGCUCUCAAACAGCAGUUUUCGCACUUGCUGAUAGAAGCCAGUGGUGGUAUUACACCGGAGACGCUUAGUCUGUAUGUGUCGCCUGACGUGGCUAUUGUCAGCCAAGGCAAACUUACACAGGGCUACCCUUGUCUAGAUUUCUCGCUAAAGAUACAGAAGGCAGAUGGUGUUUUGAAGCAAUGA